AUGACCAACUGCGUGGAGUGGAGUAUAGACGAGUACGAUGCCAAGGGGGGAUUUACAUCCACCACCACCAUCCGCAUUGAGGCAUGUGGCUCCGACGACGGAAGUAGCAGGCGUAGCAGUAGGAAGACUUCCAGCACGGUGCGGCGGCAGAGGAGAAAAAAACUACAGCAGCAGCAGCAGUUGUGGCUCACAGAAGACAAGGAUGGUUUCUUUUCAGAAGCGCCGCAUCUAGCAAGGCAUGCGUCAUCCGGCGGCAAGGCACGCUGCAGUGUGAAGACGCCGUUCUCCUCUAGUGCUGCUGGGGCGCCGUACAACAAGAAGUUGCGCAAGAAGAACAUGCAGCGACAGCAGCAUCAUCGCCUGUUUGGUGGUGAGACGGCAACGAACGUUGGGGCGGAUAUGGGUUCUUCUUCCUUUUUUAUCUCCUCCACGCACCGCGCCGUGGCGGAGGCGACAACGCCGUGGAAUAACACGUCCGGACCGUGUGCGGGGCGCUACCAUUUCUUUGGCCAAGGCGGACUUCCCACGAGUGCUCCUCGCCCCGCACCGCGGGGCAAACGUGACGACGACGACGAUGAUGAUGAUGCACCUCUUGCAGCCAAUUCGAGACGGCGGGUUCUUGCAGAGAUUGGGGGCAGCAGUUGUCUGCUGGCCCCCCUCCGUUCUCCUUCCGUCUUGCCGCCACUACAACUUUUGCCGGCCAGCAGGGCUGAGGUAAGUAGCGACAUGCUGGAGCGAUGCUUCUUAGAGACACGGCUGGGGGACGACGAUGACUUUUCGCUGCUAUGA